CAGAUCCAAUACCACUGUGGCCAUUUCCGGUUUCCUGUCCAACGAUGGUGCCAUGUCUACGAACGAACCCACAAGAAGUGCCAGCCCAACGUCACCUGUGCCGAAUGGAGAGGUGACGAGGUUUGUCCGGACUGCCGACCACAAACCCCGCCAGUCUGGGAAUGGAUGAUCACAAGGCCGCGGCAGAGCCCUUAUGUUUGA